GAUUGUUGCGCCUUUUGCCCCAGUGCGGGGUCGCGAGCAGGCGCCGGAAUCGGAGCGGCCUCGGGGAGCGUCCCGCCCGGAGCUGGCCCCGCGCCUCAGACGUGGCCAUGUUGCCCAACACAGGGAAGUUGAGAGGAUGCACUCUUUUUAUCACUGGGGCAAGCCGUGGCAUCGGGAAAGCAAUUGCCUUGAAGGCGGCAAAGGAUGGGGCGAACAUUGUGAUAGCUGCCAAGACCGGAGUGCCUCAUCGCACGCUCCCGGGAACCAUCUACACCGCUGCGGAAGAAAUUGAAGCAGCUGGAGGAAAGGCUUUGCCGUGUAUCGUCAAUGUGAGAGAAGAAGAGCAAAUCGUUGAAGCCGUGAAUAAGGCUGUUCAGACAUAUGGAGGGAUAGAUGUUCUUGUGAACAACGCAAGUGCAAUCUCCUUGACUGGUACUCUGGAAACACCUACGAAAAAGGUAGACCUCAUGAUGAGCGCCAACACAAGAGGAACCUAUCUUACAUCUAAAAUAUGCCUUCCCUACUUGAGGAAGAGUAAGAUCGGUCAUAUUCUUAAUAUCAGCCCACCAAUAAACUUGAAUCCUGUCUGGUUCAGAAAUCACUGUGCCUACACUAUUUCUAAAUAUGGAAUGUCCAUGUGUGUGCUUGGCAUGUCAGAAGAAUUUAGAGGAGAAGUCGCAGUUAAUGCUUUGUGGCCUCAAACAGCUAUAUACACCUCUGCUAUGGAUAUGUUGGGAGGAGCUGGAGUGGAGAAACAGUGCAGAAAAACAGAUAUUCUUGCCGAUGCUGCAUAUUGCAUUUUAACAAAGCCUAAAAGUUUCACUGGAAACUUUGUCAUUGAUGAAAAUUUGCUGAGAGAAGAAGGAAUUAAGAAUUUCGAUGCAUAUGCAGUUGCGCCAGGUCACCCUUUGCUACCAGAUUUCUUUCUGGAUGUGGAUCCUGAUACACUAGCGAUGAAAAUGGAAGCACACGGAGCUUCUCCAACAUUCAGAGAAGGGAAGAAACAGGACUUCCCCAAGCAUGAAGGUCCUGACAGAACGAAAUCAGAAGGUCCUGACAGAGGGAAGCAUCACGUGCACUUCGCAGCUGAGAGCUCGGCCGGGCCUGUAGUGGAAACGUUUAAAAUUAUAAAAGGAGCCGUCAACGAAGAAGUUGUAAAGUCAGUCCAAGGUGUUUAUCAGUUUGAAUUAUCUGGUGAAGAAGGAGGAACAUGGUACAUUGAUCUUAAAAACAAGGGGGGCAGCGCAGGAAGCGGAGAGCCACCUGUGAAAGUCGAUGUGAUCAUGAGCAUGUCUAGCACGGACUUUGUGAAAAUGUUUUCAGGCAAACUAAAGCCAACCAUGGCUUUCAUGUCCGGAAAGCUGACCAUCAAAGGUGACAUGGCCUUAGCGAUCAAGCUGGAAAAACUGAUGGGCCAGUUCAACGCAAAAUUGUGAUAACAUUAAAUAGGAGAAGAGGGUGGUUUUGAGUGUCACGUUGACCUUUCAAUAAAUGUGCAGCACUUUGCUGUGGAAGGUGCUGAAGUUUGCUUUUGUUUAACGCAUUAUGAUUUGACUCAUAGUUUCCACUGAUCCCCUAACAUUUGUAGGAUGUGGAACCAAUUCUAACUAGAUUUACUUGGGAUUAAAUUGUAUUGGUUUAAAUUGGGACUGAUGUCUGAGGGAUUAUUUUUAGGAUCACUGUUGGGCCCUGUUUUUGUUCUGAUGAAAAUCGGUGCUGCCUCAGUUUACAGAUGAACGCGAACUCUUCCUUUUGGUACAAUCAUGUCCGCCUUGCUUAGGUCAGAGAUUGGUGCCGCUUUCCUCUUUCUGAUGCUGCCAUGUUUCAGUUGUCUUUCUGAAUGUCCAAAUUCGCUUGAAGUCAAUGCACCUGGGAGCAUUUAAAAAAAAAAGAAUAGCGCUGAUUGAGUCGAUGUAAGCUAGUUCUUUGAUUGAAAAAGACUCUGAUCUUAUUGCGGUGUUUUUUAGCUGUGGGCCUGAAGUUGCAAAUCUUUUUAUAUGCUGCACUCCUAUUGACUUCAGUGGAAAUAUGCCAUUGUUCAGUGGCAACUGAAUUACCUCCACGGCACCUUUGACAUUUACUUCCAGUAUUGUCGCCUUGAGGGUUUGUGUUUUUUCAUAUUUCUAAAGUAUUUUUUUCCUUUGUGGGUUUAAAUGACACAGCCUCUCCCCUCUCCCCAUUUAAAGAAUUCUAAAUUCAGAUAUUAAAGCAAGGAAAAGUAGGGAUUUGCCUUAAUUUUAAAUGCCUAUAUAAUUCUUAUGCUUUUAAAUACUUUUGCUGUGGUGAAAACUUGGUUCCUGCCAAAAUGUACUUACAAAGUGAGUUGAAAUAAAAUGUAUUAUUUUAA